UUUGUUGAGCUGACUGGCAAACCUCUGACUUGAGACUUUGGCAAGGUCAGUGCUUGGUUCUCCAAAGUUUGCACCCUGUAAUUGUUACUUUGGAAGUAAUCCUCACUCUUUUCUGUAUUACCCAUCUGAUCAUCUGGCCAAAGGCGGUGGCAAAAGUUGCAAAUAGAAAUGGAACAGAAAAUGGCUGAGGCGCGGGGCAGCCUCUCGGUGUGUGCUGGCUUGCAGUGGCUGCACAGGUGAUGGCGAGGGACAAAUCUCUGCCACGUUUCGGUGUCCAGAGCUCUGCGGUCAGGACGGGAGCCACAGUUUCAGCCUGGGGUGGCUCUGGCAACUACAGAUCCCAGGGAGCAUUGCCGAGAGCAGCUCCGUGCGGGGCCAAUGGCAGCGGGGACCUCCCAGCUCCGUGCGUGUCAGCUGCCAGCGUUCAAAAGCGCCGCACGGAGUUCGCAGUUGCCCUGGGCUACUCAGACUCUGUGUGAGCUCCGACUUGACGUGUUCUGUAUCCCGCAGCCUCCCUGGCGGCUGGGAAAAGCCCGCUGGAGCAGUGCCGAUGGAUGCCAUCCUGAGCUGCAACCCGGAGGACCUGGAGGAUUACUACAACUUGCUGGGAUGCGAUGAGCUAUCGACGGCUGAACAGAUUCUUGCUGAAUACAAGAUUAAAGCCCUGGAAUGUCAUCCUGAUAAGCAUCCUGGAAACCCUAAAGCAGUGGAGAAUUUCCAGAAGCUGCAGCAAGCCAAGGAGAUUCUGACCAACGAGGAGAGCCGGGCGCGUUACGAUUUCUGGCGCCGCAGCAAAUCAAUGCACUGGGCUGUCCAAAGUAAGAAGGACCAAAUGCUGGAAGCUCCUGACUUUGGUGACACCAACAACACAACUACUGAGAUGUGGACCCAACAGAGGGAAGACAGUGGAGAUGGAUUGUUGGAAGGGAGCAGGGAGCAAGAAGAUGUUGCAAUUCCUGAUGUGAAACCACAGUCUUCAAAGAAUCCAGACUCCCCAAGAUUUUCAGAGGGGAAUUACUGGCACUUGCGUUUCCGCUGGUCAGGCGACGCUCCAUCUGACCUUCUGAGGAAAUUCAGAAACUAUGAGAUCUAAAAUGAGAAACACAGGAGCAUGAGAUCAUCUGUUCAGCAGUUCAGUAUUUUUGCUUUUGCCAGCAGUUAUAAGUUAUUUGUAUUUUGUAUUCUUUGAUCUGUUGUUCCAGUCAGUGUCUGAAUACUGAUUUAUCACGUGCUGUGAGUGUUACAUGGAGGUUUUUCUGUUCAGUAAGCAAAACCCUUUUCAGUAUUAAUAUACAGUGAUUUUGUGAAGUUACCUAACAUCUUAUAUAUUGUUUAUUGUAUUCUCAAAUAUUGUGUAGUGAUUAAUAUUCCUUUCCAUAGUGUGGUGUUAUAAAAAACAUACUCCUAGUAGAACCCUGGGCUCCAGGGUAUCUAUCCUACUCAGUGAGGAUCUUCCAAAACCUUGAUGACAAUGAACUUUAAAGAGAACUGUGCUUAUCUCUCACCUCUGUGCUCUGCUUCACUUCUCCAUUGCAUUGUACUUGCUGCAGUGAUUUAUAAUGUACUCAUUACAAACUGAACUUGUAGGAGAGUUGUGAUCUUACAGAAGAAAUAAGAAGGUUCUUUUUCUCCAAGGUCUUUGUGACAGAUCAAGCACUCCUAAAAAUCACUCAUCUUCUACCUUAACAGGAACACCUUUUGCACCAGAUACUUGUUUUGGAAGGCAAUUCCAGAACUUUACUUCUCCAAAUAGCAAUUUUUGUCUUAAGAUGUAUUAGUGGAAAACUGAUCCCAUGUGUAUGUGUGCCAGCAUCAUCCUGUGGCUUCACAGCCAUUCCCCUCCCUGCUCAGGUGUGCCAUAGACAUGGUUUUAUCAGGGUUUUGUACAGUGAGGAAUGAAAAAUCAGACUCACGUGUACAAAAUCUCACAUGAAAAAUUUUUGAUACUUUGGGCAACUUUUCAAAUUCUACAUUGUUGUUUAUUUAUUUUGUGUUUGUUUUCCUCUUUGCAAACUUGGCUAAUAUGUCAGGUAUUGACAUUGUGGUUUUGUGCAGGCAGAUAAUUCCAUCAGCAGCAAAUAAAACUUCAUGCAUACAGCAAA